AGGGCGAUCCGAUCCCCUGACGGCGGAGGCGGGGAGGGGAUCGUGAGGCGGCCGCCUCAGGGAGCCCCAUCGCCGCGGCCAUUGGCGGGGGCGGCUGCCAUGGCGCUCUCCGCGGCGCCCCUCAAGGUCUGCAUCGUGGGCUCGGGCAACUGGGGUUCUGCAGUUGCCAAAAUAGUAGGCAGUAAUGUAAAAAAGUUGCAGAAGUUUGCUUCUACAGUGAAGAUGUGGGUCUUUGAGGAGAAUGUUAAUGGAAGAAAACUGACGGAUAUCAUAAAUAAUGAACAUGAAAAUGUAAAGUACCUCCCUGGAUACAAGCUGCCAGACAAUGUGGUUGCUGUCCCAAACCUCAAUGAAGCUGUACAAGAUGCUGAUUUGCUAGUUUUUGUCAUUCCUCACCAGUUCAUCCAUAAAGUCUGCGAUGAAAUCACAGGACGAGUACCCAAGAAAGCUCUUGGUAUAACUCUCAUAAAGGGAAUAGAUGAAGGCCCAGAGGGACUCAAACUGAUCUCUGAUAUUAUUCGGGAGAAGAUGGGAAUAGACAUCAGUGUGCUGAUGGGAGCUAACAUUGCCAAUGAGGUUGCAGCAGAGAAAUUCUGUGAAACCACAAUAGGCAGCAAAAUCUUGGAAAAUGGUCUUCUCUUCAAAGAGCUCCUGCAGACUCCAAACUUCCGAAUAACUGUGGUAGAUGAUGCAGAUACAGUUGAGCUUUGUGGUGCUCUGAAGAAUAUAGUAGCAGUAGGAGCUGGGUUCUGUGAUGGGCUUCGUUGCGGCGACAAUACCAAAGCCGCUGUUAUUCGCCUUGGCCUAAUGGAAAUGAUUGCCUUUGCCAGAAUUUUUUGCAAAGGAAAAGUGUCUACUGCCACUUUCCUGGAGAGCUGUGGAAUUGCUGACCUCAUCACAACGUGUUAUGGUGGCAGGAAUCGACGUGUAGCAGAAGCAUUUGUUAAAACUGGAAAGUCUAUUGAAGAACUGGAGAAAGAAAUGCUGAAUGGUCAGAAACUGCAAGGACCACAGACUUCUGCAGAAGUGUAUCGCAUCCUCAAGCAGAAGGGAUUGCUGGAAAAGUUUCCACUGUUCACUGCUGUGUAUCAAAUCUGCUACGAAGGGAAGCCUGUCAGAGAGAUGAUAUCCUGCCUUCAAAGUCAUCCAGAGCACAUAUAAAAUCAAUCAUGCCAUCGUACUAAUGCAGCUUUCUGCCUUUCAAACUUAUAUCUGGGUUCCAGUGGAUGUAUCAGUAAGCUUGGUUCAAAGCUGCUCACUAGGCAACAGUAACAACAUUAAUGUCUCCGAAUGGGUACUGGGUUUUUUUUGUUAUACAGCCUAGUUUGAUGUAGCACUCUGUGUUGGUGAUUGUCUGUUCCUGUUGGCUGAACUACAACUGUUUUAAGAUGCACAAUUCAAACGUUGCACUACAUAUCUAGUGUAUAUCCACAAGUGUACUUUCUGUGUGUUUCUACACCAUAAACCACAAUGUUUUGUCUUUUCUUGCUAAGGCCUAGUCCAAAAUCCGCUGGACACCGUGGAAAAGAAUCCCACUGGUUUGGAUGGAGACUGAAUCAAGCCUGUAACCUUGAAAUAUUAAUGGUCUUUCUAUUAGAACUUAUGUACACAUUGACAUUUUAACACUUUGCAUGCUUAUGAUUAUAUCCAUUUAAGCAAUACUAAUGCAAAACAAGUGAUAGCAGUUAUUUAGGGGGUGCUGCAGGGAUAUUUUAAUGAAAUUUGGUGAAGAAUAUUUUGAUUUUUGAAAGUCUUUAAAAGUGUCAGACUAUUUUGAAGCCAAUUUCUAAGUGAAUUUAAAGUUUUUAAUUACACUAUUUUAAAGGGAGUAUGCUGGGGGGGGGAUUACUACUUCCCCUUCUGCUUUUUAAUCUUUGUGUUUUUGUAUUUUUCUGUUUCUCCCUUGCUGUUCCCAGGUGUUAGGUUCUUCUAGAAUCUCAUUCCUCAAAAUAAGUGGGAAAUGUUAACUUGGGGAUUCCGAGCCCUGGAGCCUAAGGUUCAUUUUAGUGUUGUACCUGUGGUCAUUCUUCUCUGGUUUUGUUCAAGGAGUGGGGAAAGAUACUCCCAAGUAUCUACUGCUCAGAAUGGUCAUGCUGUGUUUCCAGGCUUAACUAUCAGCUACAAAGUGUUGCACUCUACACAGCACUCCAAGGAAUGUUUGAGGAAUUCCCUGGUAGAUCAUGCUUGUGUUGUCAAAAUAGUCAUGCUGAGUCAGCACGCUGACUCCGUUUAUUUCAGUGCCUGCCAGUGACUGACAUGUCAGAUGGACUGUAGUCCUGGAACAGCCUCCCCAGAGAAAUGAUGAAUUCUGAAGUUACUCUUUCAGAUGGACAGAACUUGAAUGGGUGCUGAUCAAGUCCUUUAUGGCCAGUCUCCCAGGAAGCUUCUUAAAGACAUCUGUCUCUUUUAUUCUCUAGGAAUCUCACCUAGCUUUUUCCAGGCACUUUUGUUUUAUGAGGGAGGUGGUCAUAUUUAUCACUGGAAAAAUUCUGAUUUCGACGGUGGGGUUGGCUUGGUUGGUUGUUGGUUUGUUUUUUUUUUUUUUGAAGGUUGAUGCAAAAGAAGACAGAUAAAAGAAGCAAUUCUUGCUUUUCUCAUAUGCUAAACCAUAAUUGUUUUGGUAAAAUAUAUGCUGGGUACAGAAACAGUGAACACAGUCUUGGAGCUGGGAGACAAGGGCUAGUAUUGAGAUUUACAGAGCACAACAAGAAUGCCCAUCCACUCUGAAUAUUCACUCCUGGUCUCUGAGCAGUAUCAGAACUGUUGUUCACUGUUCUCAGCGAUGUUUUUAGACUGAAAACCGUGAGCACAAGGCCAUCCUGAAGCUUGUUUUCCAUUCAAAACUUGCUGAGACAAAGGAGCUGCCUGGGAAUAAUUGUCAUACUUACUGAAGUAGCCUGGAUUAUUCUGAAGCAAGUGAGUAUUGGGGCAGCUUUGUAUAGACAGGAAGAAGCUUCAGCUCAGGGGUACCAUUUCAUGUGAUCCUGUCAUGCUUUCCAUUAACUUUUGGAAGAUCUCAUGAAUGUCAUCAGAUAUUCAUCAAUGAGAAAAGUUAUUUUGCCUUAUUUCUGAUUUAGUGCUAAAUGUAAUGGAUGGCCAGAAGUUAAGCAACAUCAGAUGUUUGUGGCAAUUGAGGAAAUCACUUUUAGACCUGGCUGGGCCUAAGCACUAUGCUUGGACAAUUAAAAGGAUUUGUUAAGAUUGGGAGCACUGCUAGGCUAACGCACACAUGGAGCAUACAGUCCUCAUUACUGCAUAAUUUUUAUUCUGUCUGCUUAUGGUUUGUGGUUUUUUUUAAUACCAAGCUGAACAGCUUUGCCUUUGUAUGUGUAUAUUAUAUAUAUAUAAACUUUUUUUACAUGCAGUAUGUAGAACAGUAGCAUUUUGUGAGAUACAUAAAGGGCUAUAUGAGCUAAAUGUGAUAAAUUAAUAUAUAUUUUAAGAUUAUUUCUUUAUUAUUUCAAUGCUACUUCUACCGCUGAACCCCCAAAAUCUUAAUUGCUCUUCUUUUAUACAGAAGCCUAUUCUAAGGCAAAUCCAGAGAGAAGGUUUUUAAGGAAUUCUUUCCUCCAGUCUAUAACAAUAUUCUUUUUCUUUUCAGACAAAAAGUGAGGUUUCAGCAGAUAAAAUAGUUUAUUUAAAUUUCUAUAGGUACUUCACCAUUUGUAUUUGCUUUUCAGUGCUUGAGAACAUUCAGCUUGGCACUAUAUAUUUUCUCCCCACUAGUAUUUUAUUGCUCAUAAGAAGACUGUGAUACAAUACUGGAACUGAAUGAUUCCUGUCCUGUUCUACAAACACUCUUUUUUGCCUAGUAUUGGGAUAAUGUUACUGAAAGCAACCCCUGUGUAAGGUUUCUGCAAACAAGGUUCUAAAUUUGUAACUAAUCCUUAUUUGUGAAAAUUAAUUACUAAGGAAGGCAUUAUGUUCUAAUGGUACAUACUCAACUUGCUCCAGACAUGUGUACUGAAUUUUGUUUAAAGAUUGUGAAUGUAUAGCCUUUUGAAGAGUUAGUACAAUUAAACAUUUCUGUCUUGGGAA